AUGAGCCCCAUUAUAGGGUACCUUGAUGGCGCUGACAUUGGUGUCAUUGUAGCUUACUUUGUUAUUGUGUUCGCCGUUGGUAUUUGGUCUUCACUGAGGAAUCGUGGCUCAGUUGGCGGCUACUUCCUGGCUGGCCGCUCCAUGACUUGGAUUCCAGUCGGCGCCUCUUUGUUUGCCAGCAACAUUGGUUCCGGUCACUUCAUUGGUCUCGCCGGUUCGGGGGCUUCUUCAGGAAUCGGCAUAGCUGUGUUCGAGUACAACGCUGCUAUCACACUGGGGUUCUUGGGGUGGCUCUUUUUGCCUGUCUAUGUUGCUUCUGGAAUCUUAACAAUGCCCGAAUACCUGCGGCAUCGUUUCGGUGGUCAACGUAUUCGUGUCUAUCUCGCCGUCAUUGCUCUCCUCCUCUAUAUCUUCACCAAAAUUUCUGCUGAUCUAUACGCUGGUGCUGUGUUCAUUCAACAAGCUAUGGAGAUUUCUAUCUAUCCUGCUGCCAUUAUUCUUCUCGUCAUUGCAGCCCUUUUCACUAUUAUGGGUGGCUUAACGGCUGUCAUUUGGACAGAUUUCGCCCAAGUUCUUAUCAUGAUUGCUGGUGCUUUGUAUCUCUCAAUCCGAAGUUUCCAAGUGACUGGUGGGUUUGACAGUUUGGUGGUGAACUAUUUUAAUGCUAUUCCAAACACAACAAGGGCAUACAGAAGUACUACUUUCUCUACGUCAAACAAUGUCGCCGGCUAUUCACCUGAUCUCUACGGCACUGAUACCGAUCGUAACAUAAUUCUCCUGGCUGCAAAUCCAGAGGGCCAAUCUCUUGGUGUCUUUGCUGAAUGCAGUAUUCCUCCAUCGGACGCAUUGCAAUUCUUCAAGUCUAUUAACAGCAAGGAUUUGCCAUGGGUCGGAGCCAUAUUUGGUCUAACAAUCAAUGCCACCUGGUAUUGGUGUACCGAUCAAGUCAUCGUCCAACGUUGUCUCGCCGCCAAGAACAUGGUUCAUGCCAAAGCUGGAAUUGUCCUCGCCAUGUUCAUCAAGAUGUUGCCUCUCUGGCUUAUGGUUAUUCCUGGAAUGGCUGCUCGAAUCCUCUUUGCUGAUACUGUGGCCUGUGGAGAUGCAAACCUCUGUGAAAAAAUCUGCAGUAAGGUUGCUGGAUGUACAGAUAUCGCCUAUCCAUCAUUGGUUUUGAAUUUGCUACCCUCUGGAGCUCGAGGUCUCAUGCUUUCGGUCAUGAUGGCCUCAUUGGUCUCCAGUUUGACGUCCAUUUUCAAUUCCUCCUCCACCAUUUUCACUGUGGAUAUUUGGAGACUCAUCCGCCCUCAUUGCAAAGAUGCGGAGCUUAUGAUUGUUGGACGUGUGGUUGUUCUUAUACUGGUCGCAAUAAGCUUAGCUUGGAUUCCGAUUGUUCAGCUGAGUGAUGAACUAUUCAACUACAUCCAGUCAGUCACGGGUUACUUGGCGCCUCCCAUUUGCGCUACCUACGUCUUCGCCGUCUUUUGGCAUCGCACCAAUGAGAUUGGUGUAUUCUGCGCUCUGAUCAUCGGUCUCAUAAUCGGUGUGAUACGAUUCGCUUGGGAGAUCUCAUACGGCGCUUCUCCAUGCGGUGAAGUGAUCACAAACCCACCCUAUUUCCUCGUCACCAUGCAUUACCUCCACUUCUCUAUUCUCCUCUUUUUCAUCUCCUCAGUUGUAAUUGUUGUAGCAACUUUGGUUACACCUCCACUUCCUCCAAGCUACUCCAUUACAACGGUGACCGAACUGUUAAUGCUCCUCUCAUUCGUCCAGACUCGACGACUUAUUUUCUCUGACCGCCAUUCUCCCUUCGAUCCCGAGUUGGAUGCUCCAAAGGUGACCAUCGUGAGUGAGGAGGAGAAGGCGGAAUGGCUAGCUGAGGGUGAGGAGAUGAAGCCAGUGCUGCCCUGGUAUAAGAAGGCGAUCAAUUGGAUGUGCGGUAUUGAGACUAUGCAAGAUCGACGCGAACCCGUCUUUACGGAGGAGGAGGCUGAGGAGUUGAUUGAAAUGAAGAAACGCGAGACUAGCAUUGAAGAAGAUCCCAAACAAAGGCUUCUUGUCAACACAGCCGCCUGUACUGCUGUCAUUAUUACCAUCUUCAUAUGGGCCUUCUUUGCCUAA